AUGUCUACUACUUCGACGGUAUUACCAUCUAUUCAAUUGAAUAUUAACUAUGGAGAAAUAAAGAACUCAAUAAAAGAUUUUUUGACACAUUUCAAGACAUCGAGUGAUAUCGAAUUCGAUCCUGAGGGCGACAAUUUGACCAGUGGAGGACCUAAAUAUAUGCAUUUAUUGCAGAAAGUGGCCAAUAGGGAAAUAACUACAUUGUAUAUUGAAUUAGAUGACUUGAAGUCGUACCAAGAAAAUCAAUAUGUGCAAUCACAAUCGCAAUCAGUCAUUUCGCCUAGUUCAUUGAUUAAUCAAAUCACCAAGAAUACGUAUAGAUUUAUCGAGAUGUUCAGUUCUGUUGUGGACGAGUUAAUGCCAGAACCAACAAAGGACAUUUCGUACAAAGAUGACGUGUUAGAUGUUAUCUUACAUCAAAGAAAAUUGAGAAAUUUAAGGUUACAGCAGGAAAACCACGAAGAGUUCAACAAUUUGAGAGACAAUUUCGACGAUAGUAACGAAAACCAACAUAUGACUCAAGAGGAUCAACAAGCGGACAAUAUGUUCCCCUCAAAAUUGACUCGUCGUUACUACUUAUACUUCAAGCCUUUGACUGAUUCGUUCAGAGGUUCUGGGAAACCUCUCGCUGUGAGAGACGUCAAAGGUGCCCAUGUUGGUCAAUUUAUUACAGUCAGGGGUAUUGUUACUAGGGUCAGUGAUGUUAAGCCUUCCGUUUUGGUUAAUGCUUAUACUUGUGACAAAUGUGGUUUCGAAAUUUUCCAAGAAGUUUCAUCUAAGAUUUUCACACCUUUAGCUGAGUGUACUUCGACCACCUGUAAAACCGAUAACAAUAAGGGUCAAUUAUUCAUGUCUACCAGGGCGUCCAAGUUCUCGUCUUUCCAAGAAGUGAAGAUUCAAGAAAUGUCAAAUCAAGUGCCAGUCGGACAUAUACCAAGAUCCAUGACUAUACAUGUUAAUGGUGAUUUGGUAAGAUCCUUGAACCCAGGUGAUGUGGCUGAUAUUUCUGGUGUAUUUAUGCCGUCACCUUACACCGGUUUUAGAGCAUUGAAAGCAGGCUUGUUAACUGAAACUUAUUUGGAAGCCCAAUACGUCAAUCAACACAAGAAACAAUAUGAAUCAUUGGAGAUUACACCAGAAAUCAAAGCUGAAAUUCAAGAUUUAUUCAACCAAGGUGGCGUAUACAACAGAUUAGCAAAGUCAAUUGCACCAGAAAUUUAUGGUCACUUAGAUAUUAAAAAAGUCUUAUUGUUAUUAUUAUGCGGUGGUGUCACUAAAGAGAUUGGUGAUGGUUUGAAAAUUCGUGGUGAUAUAAAUGUGUGUCUUAUGGGUGAUCCUGGGGUAGCUAAAUCACAAUUGUUGAAGGCAAUCGGUAAGAUUGCUCCAAGAUCAGUCUAUACAACUGGUAGAGGUUCUUCUGGUGUUGGGUUAACAGCAGCAGUUAUGAGAGAUCCAAUCACGGAUGAAAUGGUAUUAGAAGGUGGUGCAUUAGUUUUGGCUGAUAAUGGUAUUUGUUGUAUUGAUGAAUUUGAUAAAAUGGACGAAUCGGAUAGAACUGCCAUUCAUGAAGUUAUGGAACAGCAAACCAUUUCUAUUUCGAAGGCCGGUAUUACCACGUCUUUAAAUGCAAGAACAUCAAUCUUAGCGGCAGCAAACCCUUUGUAUGGUAGAUAUAACCCAAGAUUAUCGCCUCAUGAAAAUAUUAACUUGCCAGCAGCUUUGUUAUCUAGAUUUGAUAUUAUGUUCUUGAUUUUAGAUCAACCUUCAAGAGAAACUGACGAAAAAUUAGCCCACCAUGUCGCCUAUGUUCAUAUGCAUAACAAACAACCAGAAAUGGACUUUGAACCUAUAAAUUCGUCUACAAUCAGACAGUAUAUAUCUAUUGCUAGAACUUACAGACCAACUGUUCCUAAAGAAGUUGGUGACUAUGUGGUACAAUCAUACAUCAAUAUGAGAAAAGAAUCUCAUAGGAAUGAAGGAUCGGUGAAGAAAUUCUCCCAUAUCACUCCAAGAACCUUAUUAGGUAUCUUAAGAAUGUCACAAGCAUUGGCAAGAAUCAGAUUUGACAAUGUUGUUACCAAUGAAGAUGUUGAUGAGGCAUUGAGAUUGCUUCAAGCUUCGAAGUCGUCAUUAUACACAAAUGAUGAUCAAAUCCGAGAAGACGAAUCUUCAACUUCUAAGAUUUAUCAAAUCAUUAGAAAUAUUGCUAUUGGAGACGGUUCCAGAUUAUCUCAUACUUUACCAUUGCAAGAGUUGAGGCAAAGAGUUAUUGCAAAGGGCUAUACCGCACAACAAUUUGAUGAUUGUAUAUUAGAAUAUGAUCAUAUUGGUGUCUGGCAAAAAAUUGACAACGGCGAGACCUUAAUGUUCAUUGGUGGUGGUGAAGAUGAAGAUGAUGAAAUGGAAUAUUAG